AUGGCAUUGGUAAUGGAACCUAUAAGUAAAUGGACACCCAAGCAAGUCCUGGAUUGGAUGAAAGGCCUGGACGACUGCUUGCAGCAGUACAUUAAGAACUUUGAGAGGGAGAAGAUAAACGGAGAACAACUACUGCACAUCACCCACCAGGAGCUGGAGGAGCUUGGCGUUACUCGCAUCGGGCACCAGGAGCUCAUCCUCGAGGCUGUUGACCUACUGUGUGCCUUGAACUACGGACUGGAGACGGAGAACCUGCGCACGCUGUCACACAAGCUCAACGCCUCGGCCAAGAACCUGCAGAACUUCAUCACGGGCCGUCGCCGCGGCGGACACUACGAUGGGCGGGCCUCACGCCGGCUGCCCAACGAUUUCCUCACCUCCGUGGUGGACCUCAUCGGGGCGGCCAAGAACCUGCUCGCCUGGCUGGACAGAUCCCCAUUUGUCAGCGUGACAGAGUACUCGCUGCUUAAAAACAACAUCGUUCAACUGUGCCUAGAGUUAACCACCAUAGUGCAACAGGAUUGCACUGUGUAUGAGACAGAAAACAAGAUACUCCAUGUGUGUAAAACCCUGUCUGGAAUCUGUGACCACAUCAUCUCGCUCUCCUCCGACUCCCUGGUCUCCCAGUCGGCCCACCUGGAGGUGGUUCACCUAACUAACAUCAUGCCAAGCGAGGGUCUGGGGAUGUAUAUCAAGUCCACCUAUGAUGGCCUUCACGUCAUCACCGGGACGACGGAGAACUCUCCAGCCGACCAGUGCAAGAAAAUUCACGCCGGGGACGAGGUCAUCCAGGUCAACCACCAGACUGUGGUUGGCUGGCAGCUGAAGAACCUGGUCAACGCUCUGCGGGAAGACCCCAACGGAGUCAUCCUCACUUUGAAGAAGAGGCCGCAGAACACCCUGACCUCAGCCCCCGCCCUCCUCAAAAACGUGCGCUGGAAACCCCUCGCCCUUCAGCCCAUCUCCACCAGUCCCACCAGUAACUCUACCACCCCGACUGGCACCAUGGGCGUCAGCUCUAAGAUGGACGGCUCCAGCAUGCACGACGUCUUCAUCCUGUCUCCCGUGUCUGGCAUGUAUGGACCCAGGGACGAGAUGGGCGUUAUGUCCUCCGACGACAUCAACAAGUACAGCAUGGGCAAGGCGAGUGUGAAGGGCUCCGAGUCACCCAGCUACUACCUCGACCACGAGAGCGGGAAGUACUUCACCCUGGUGGAGGGCGAGGGCGUGCCCCUGGGACCGGAGUACGACCGGGGUCGCUCCACGGGGGUGCGAAGGAGAGACAGAACCCCGACUCACGGUGACCUCAGGCCAGUUUCCAUGCCGACGGAGUACAACUGGAUGGUGGAGACAAAGGAGCCCAAUAUGUACAAAAGGGGCAGCAGAGACUCCGACAACUCCCUCCUGCGCUACCUGAGCGACGACAAGAUCCUGGUGAUCCAGGAGGAGCCGGAGUCGUCGCGGGAGAGCAAGCGAGACACCAGCCGGCGCUCCAGAAAGAAGGGCAAGAACCCCAGCAGCCCCAGCUAUCCCAUCAGCCCCUCGCUGCUGUCACCUCCCGUCAGACUGGACUCAGGACCCCCCGAGGGGCUGCCCUUCCCGCUGCCCGAGAGCAACACUGUGCCACUGUACCACUCAUUUCACUACGCCUCCUUACGGACAAAAACCAAAAAGAGACCUAAAGGCUCUCUCACCAGCGCCAGUCGGAGGCGGAUCUCCUGUAAGGACUUGGGGCAUGGCGACUGCGAGGGCUGGCUGUGGAAGAAGAAGGAUGCCAAGGGCUACUUCACGCAGAAGUGGAAGAAGUACUGGUUCAUCCUGAAGGACUCCUCGCUCUACUGGUACACCAACCAGAAUGAUGAGAAAGCCGAAGGAUUCAUCAGUCUUCCUGAGUUCAGGAUAGACAGGGCGAUCGAAUGCCGGCGGAAAUUUGCCUUCAAAGCCUGCCAUCCCAAAAUCAAGAGUUUCUUCUUCGCUACGGAUUGUAUGGAGGAGAUGAACAGAUGGAUGAACCGGCUCGGGUUGGCCGCCAUUGGCUACACGCCGGACGACAAGGUGCCACACCCAGAGGAAGAUUACUGGAGCGAGAGUGACCAGGAUGAAAUCGAUGGCUCGAUGACUCUCAAGCAGGAAGGCCCGUCCCCGCUUUGUGACAGCUACCAUCGCACCCCCUCUGUGAACUCCUCCAGCCCUUUCCCAGAGCCCAAACACGGCAGGCACUUCUCCAGCGAGUCCACGUACUCCCACUCCUCCGCUGAGGACUCCCGGCCGGACGCCCCCGGCAGCACCCACUCGUCGGGCUGCCGCUCCACGCACCGUGAGCGCCGCUCCUGGCAGGACCUCAUCGAGACGCCGCUCACCAGCUCCGGCCUCCACUUCCUGCAGACCGUCCCGGCUGACUCCGAGGGCGACGGCGGGGGUUGCUACGGCGGCACGCUGGGGGGAGGGGGUGGGGGGGGCCGCCAGGCCGUGUCGCCGGAACGGCGGUGGCAGGCCACGCUGCCCGUCCAGAGGAGGAACCGCCCCGACCGGGACGGACCGUUCCCAUUGGUCGGGAGCGAGGAGCGGGGGGCUCACGCUCACUGCCGCAGCCACAAACAGCGCAGCCAGAGCCUGCCCAGGAACCGCGAGGCCCGGGGCGCCAAGGCCGGCCUCCACCUCGCCCGGACCUCGGACGAGAAGAGCGAGGACGAUGAGGUGCCUUUCCACGUACACGACGGCGCCGGCAAAGAAGAGUACCGGCGGGAGGAACACGACGUCACGGACGGGCUCCAGCAGCUGUACCGCUCGCUGGAGCAGGCCAGCCUGUCUGCGUUCGGCGAGCAACGCCCCUCCACCAAACAGGAGUUCCGGCGGUCCUUCGUCAAGCGCUGCAACGAUCCCGUCAUCAACGACAAGCUGCACCGUAUCCGCGCUCUACGGAGCACGCUCAAGGCCAAAGAGGGGGACCUGACCAUCUUAAACCAAGUGCUGGAUGACCCUGCCCUGAACUCUAAGAAGUUCCGCGAGUGGAAGCAACACCAUCAAGAGCUGUUCAUGGACAUCUGUGAGUUCAGCUCGGGCCCCAGGGACUCCCACAACGGGGCGGCCGAGCUCUCUCCGCUGGCCACUCCUCUCAUGACCCACACCCACUCGUUCAUCGAGACGCACGUGUGAGACACAGCGAGGGGAAGGGGGGGGGUCCUAACCUCCUCCUUACCCCUCCGCCCUCCCUCGCUCCCCUCCACACCACACCAACUGACCAACCAGCCACUGUAAUAUGUGUAAAUACUGUACCGAGGACAAACGGAAGAAGAGAGUCGUGGUGUAAAUAACUGUGGAUAAAAUCGAGAAUAGCCCCACAGGGUGCCCUCUGCAUGCCUGAGCAGAAAGUAUUAUCCUUCCUUUAUCUUCUGAACUGACAAAAGAAAAAGCAGACAAACAAAAGCUAAAGAACAAAAAAGACAACUUUUCUGGCUUUUGCUGUUGCGAAGCGUUUUUGUCCUCUUAUUCGGUUAUUCCUUUAUUUCCUUUUUCCUGGUCCUGCUGAUAGCAGAGGGAGAACUGUAGCAGCAAUAUGAAGGAGGAUCAUUUCCACCACAACACUGUAUACUUCUGUACCCCGUUUCACAAACCACAGCUCUCAGAUACCACAGAUUUUUUAUAAACAUUUAUAUUUAUACUAUUAUACUAAUACUGUUAUUUGUUUUUAAAUGCAAGCUCGUGUAAACAUGGAGGAAAGUUUGGCUGAAUGCAAAUUUAAGACUGUUGAAGGGUCUCUACCGACUUCUGAUUUGGGGAUUCGUUAUUUGACCACCAGUCUUAUCAGACGGUGUUCUAGAAGUUUCCAUGCAUCGCUGGGAGUGAGUAUAUAUACAGGAAGAACAGUGUUUGUCUAGAAGCAGGCCACUCUUUAAAACUGUGAACUAUCCUUGUGAAUGCAAUCUUAUGAUUCUGUCUAUGCAGAAUCAACUUUUUACAAAUCGACAUAUAAAAGGACUAAACAAAAUGAAAAAAAAAAUGAACAAAAAAAACCGAAACAUUGCUUUGCGCUUGAACGAUUACCGGUCGCUUUAUCUGUGCAGUUAGCUGCUGUGGGUGAACUCAGGUCCUUGGUUCAAUUCAGAAAUGGCUGCAGUGGGUGGAACUCAGGUCCUCGGUUCGAUUCCAGAAUUUCUUGUCCGAAUUCUCCAUUUCUGAAUUGGCUUCGAAUCCCUGUCACUUAGCAUACAAGUGCCCCUUAUAACAGAUUAAAAACAUAUGUUCAAAUGUGACAUUCAAAUAUAAGGAAUACACUUUCAUAUAUGUCGACAUAUGUCAUAGAAUAAAUUAUAUUUAUUUUAAUAUAUAUUAUAUAUUGUAAAAUGUUUUGCAAUCUAUGACAAUUGCUAUAUAUGAACACAAUUACCUAAAUAAAUAUAACAGUUAUAUAUAUCGCAACAAUGUGUUUAGGCAUAUAUUGACAUAUAUUUAUUUCACUCUGUAUUAGCCUUCUUAAAAGGGUUAACAUGAUUUUACUAGUCUGUGUAGACUAAUGGCAAAUACCUGGUCUGGUGUAUUUUGGUGUGUGUGUGUGUGUGUGUGUGUGUGUGUGCAUGCAUACGGGUGUGUGACAGUAGUGUGUGUGCGCAUGUGUGUAAGACAGAGAGCAAGUGAGAGAAAGUGAAUGUGCAGCUUUAGGGGUAUGUGCCAUAGAAAUCUAUGAUACAGUAUAUGCUCUAUGGUAUACACACAUACAUGCAUGUGAUCAUGACCAAGAGCCUGUUGUCAUGUACUCAUGCACCCACAAUCUCACACAUUAACAAUACAGAACCGAACUGUAAGGCAGUAAGGCAAGGUUCCCCCACUGACCUUGCAAUAAAUGAGUUCCAUACUAAAACAUACGCUAUGCUUUCUCAAACAUAUGCUCUAUGAAACUGUGUAACUGCACAUAUUCCACCAAGAUAGCAUUUAGUAUUCAUAUAUCCAUAUUCAGUGAUGCUGAUAUAUUUUCACAAUAUUGUUUUUUUUUUUUUUCAAAUAUGUGUUUUACUUGUAUAUUUUUGUAUAUAUUUCUUCUGUCUUAAAAACCAAGGGUUGAUAUUGAUAGAUUGGUUUGUCUCUCCACUGAAUCUGACUGGGAAAUGACAGAUGUUUCUAGUCUAUUCCGCCCCUCUAUUUAAACCAUAUACAAACUGCUCCACAGAAUGUCUAAUGUUAUGGUAGACUGAAGAAGUGUAAUAUUGUAGCUCUUUUAAGCCGUAAAGGAAAGUAUGCAUAAUCAUAACUGCUGCUGAUGAAUCAUGCUUUUUCUGAUACAAGAACUGUUAUUGUUGAGGAGGAAAUAAGACUUAUCUGUAAAAAGAUACUGUGUUUAAGAAUGACAAAUGUAUUUAUUUUUGAACUGUUGAAUGAUUGGCUUUCUUAUGCCACAAGGUUAUGCCACACCUGGAAAAUCAGGAAGUGGGAAAUAAACGAUUAAAAAAUUAUAUAAAAACUCCAGAACUGUAAACACAAUAUGCCAAGAGCUUCUUUGGUUCAAUGUAUGUUAUAGAUUCAGUUUCAGUGUGCUUUUUCCUUAACUCUGAAUGUCAAGGAAAGAUUUUUUAACAACACUGCUGAAAUUCACAAAAAAAAAAAUAUUUUGUGAGGAGAGACAAAAAUCAAUGCCUGCUUUGUUGCUCAGAGGUGAGGGAAAGUGCAAUAUGAUUAGACUGAAUCAAGUUUUUGACUCCAAGUCCUGAAUUUUCAGUUUUAUUAACAUGGUGAACCUUGUGGCAGUAUGUACAGAAGCCUGAACACCUUUCUCACUGUACAGCUAUGACUUUGAGGUAAAGCCCCACCCUACAGAUAAACAAUAUUUUUUAUUAUAAAACCAAUAUACAUAUGCAGGAAAUGGCCACUCAUUCACAGUAUACUUAACUCUAGACUGUUUUUCCAAAUCUUCAAAACCUUGUAUCUCAUAUACCAUAUGUUAAGGGGUGGCAUUAUUAUUAUUUUUAACUGAGUGCACUGUACAUUAUUUACCAAUGGAGCAAUUUAGUUGUCUAGUUAAGAAUGGCCAAAAUAAAGAGUGUGUUUUUCAGAAGAAAAAGCACUUUAAACAAUUACAUAAAAGUGCACGCCCUAUUGCGGAUGUGUCACAAUUCCCUCUAAAUCAUAUGCAUGUGUUGAAGACACAAGUCAUAUUUAAAUGUUAAAUCCAACCAAAUAAGAAAGAUCUCAUUUAUUAUAUUUUAUCCAGACAAUGUGCAUUGCUGUUGUAAAUACAAUCAUGCCUUUUGUACUGGCUGUGAAGGUCUGUGGGAGAAUAAAUUUGUGUGUAUAUUAA